CAGAUCACUUACAGUUGAAAACAUAGUCCCUUUGACAUCCCAACCUACUCAAUAUAAGAUUGAUACCAAAAACACAAUGGACAGCUUCACCUUCAACUUGUUUGCCAACGAGUUCCAACCUCAAGGCUCGACUACCAAAAGUACCCUCAGUUCGUUCAAUGUGCUUGCCCCCGAGUUUCAACCGCAAAGGAAGACAAAGAAUGCCCCAACAUUGAGCAUGGCUAUUCCAAGUCACAAAUUCAAUUUAUUUGCGAACGAGUUCUACCCUGAAACCAACGACAAUGGCGUUAUGUUUGAUUGGUCUGAGAUCCAAAUGAACCUGCAGAAUAGGUACUUGUCAUUGAUCAAGAACAGUUUUGUGGAUGACAAUGAAAUGUUUCCUAAUGGUUAUACCUAUGGCGAGGAAGAAGCUAUGCCAGUGGCAGAAAUUGGUUCUACAAGUUUCACACCCAAGCUGAUUCCAGAGCUCUAUCAUAAGGUGCCCAUUGUGUUUGGCAAGUUUGGCAUGGACUCGUUCGACUUUGGGAACACAACCCCACCAGUUUUGUUGGUCUCCAAGGUUGUCUGCCUAAUGCCUAUUGCAACGCCAUGA